AAACGCAUGACCUGACUGACUACUUCUCGUGUCCAUCCAAGGCACAUAUGUUCAAUACUCGUUAUCUACUCUCACAUCUAUAAAUUCGUCACAACUAUGUCUACUUUUCCUUCUAUCGCCUAUUCGGACGCAAAAACUGAGUGGAUCGGACAAACGCAUAUCGUCGCGCCAACAAUAGCACGAGCUUUGGAGGACUGGUCUCUCAUAAACCAAAAGAAAGUGCUUGAUGUUGGUUGUGGGACAGGCAGCAUUGGCCAUGAUAUUCUCGAGAACGGCGCUCUGGAAGUUGUUGGAUUGGACAGUUCCAAAGAAAUGAUCGAAAUAGCGAAAAACACUUACAAAGAUGAUAGACAUAAAUUUCUGCAAAUGUCCGUGUUGGAUCUUGACUUGUCCCAUGAGUUUGACGUAGCUGUGUCUUUCUUUGUGUUGCAGUUUAUGAAAGACAAGGAGGAGUUGUUCAAGGCAAUUCGAAAUAUAUUCGAAAGUCUUAAAGAAACCGGCAUACUUGUGGCCAUAGUACCCAAUGGCGUGAAAGAUUUUAAUCCUAAGAGGGAAGAAGGGCAAAAAUUUGGUGCUGCCAUCAAUUUGGAGUCAGAUUCCAACUUAUAUGACGGUCGUCGGCUCUCUGUCGAGUUUUUCAGUAAUGGAGAGGUUGUUGGAAGUUCAAAGGUGACCUUUUUCUUUAACGAAACCUACGAGCAGGUUUUGAAGGAAGCGGGAUUCAAAAAGGUCGAAUUUCUUUCUCCGGUGAUCUCAGCGGAUGGCAUAGAAAAAUAUGGAGAAAAACAUUUCCAAAGCUUUAUGAAUCCGCCCAAAGAUAUCGUCAUCAGAGCUUACAAAUACUGAUUAAAUCAUACUCAGAUUGUUGGCUAGCAUUAAUUAUCAACGCUUUGAUUCUCAGCAACCUAUUUCCAUGUAUUUAUAAAUGGGGCUGAUUGCCUUUAACUGUUGUUUUCUCAGUCAUUUGCGGAAUU